AUGAUCAAUAGUGGCAUGCAUUUUGUACAUCCCGCAGAAAUCAUCCCAAUGGAGGAAGAAGCAGAUGACGAUGAAUCAGAGAUUCCUUUUAGCGUUAGCUACUUAACUUUUUUACCAUGCUUCGAUCUGGUUUGCUCCAUUUUUGGAAGAGGUUUAGAAAAUUUCCAUGCCACUGUAUUUUUCUCACUAAUUGCAGCUCUGUCAGUUCUGCCAAAAAAGCUUGAAGCUCAGGGACCAUUUUCGAAUUUUGCUGACCUCAAAACGCGGCCAGCCCAUUUGGCGGCUUUUAUUAAUUAUCUUUUAACAAAUGCCAAUCCAAGCAGCGUGUUUUUCUAUCUGAUUACGGAUGCGUACCAGAAUUCGGGCGCUGGCUCAAAGGAUUUACGAAAAUGGGCUUAUGAAAUAUUUUCCACCUUUCUCAUUCCAAAUUCUCCACUUUGCUGGGGUAGCAUCGACCAGUCCUUAAUUCAAAGCAUCGAUAGGGUGCUAGCAGGGAGCUUGCACGCAGCGGAUAGCGAUAUCGACCAGCUGCGUAGGAUUUUCGUUGCAGCAAGAAAAAAAUCGCUCGACGAUAUCGGCGAAAAUCUUACUGAUUUUCGUCAGAAACGUCUAAUAGGUUUUUUUCUAAUCCUUAUUUUAUGA